UAUUGCAAAGUGUCUCUUCGCAACCGUAAGCGUUCGCGCGAUUCAAGAAAAUUCUGUGUUUUACGGAAGUUUUGUUACCAAAGUCAAGAUGCAAGGCCGUGGUUUUAACAGGCAUUUUGGGAAAUCUAAAUUUACGCAUCCUUGUAGAACAGUCACACAUUCCAUUCCACCAACUUUUCAACCUCACGGAUAUAAAUGGGUUAGAUUCACGGGUGCUCGCUACUUCGUACCGGGAAUGAUCUGUGUCGGCAAGGACUUGGAUGGCUUGAAUCUUGUUGUUGGACGUGCCUUGCAUCAUGGUGAUAUGCUUCCUGCGAAGGUGAAGCCAGAACAUGGCGUUGCCUAUGUCUGUCACAACGGCAGUGAACACAUGAAGCAUGAUUUUGAGAUUUUGAUGCCCGCCGAAUUCCACUGGGUCCACGCGAGUAACGGUCACGUUCCACCACACGCGGUCGAAUCUGGAAAUACGGUGGAAGGAGAAAUGCUUUACGUAGGCCGUGCUUUUCAAAAUGGUAUACCAUGCGUGGGAAAAGUACAUAGAACCCACGGAGUAUUGUACGUACCUUAUGAAGGCAGGGAAAUCCCAUUUAGAGAUUACGAAGUGCUGGUACUAUCUUAAUCUGUCUGUAUGUAAGAAACGUUAAAUUUCUUGAACGGUAAAAGUACUUAAAUCUGCGUUCAACUGUAGAUAAAUAUAACUUUAUUAUUAAAGUAUA